AUGAAUACACCAAAAUUUGAGAGUCCGAAAGAUGUAGAAGUGGAUUAUGAAGUUAAUUCUCCCCGUUUUUCUGUUGAGAAUAUUGAUGAAAUUCAACAAGGUAUUUCACAUCUCGAUGAACAUGGUUAUGCUGUAUUUAGUAAUAUACUUUCUAAUGAUGAAAUUAAUACUGGCAUAGAUUUACUUUGGAAACAUUUUGAAAAUUUAAAAGUACCAUAUCAUAUUCGACGUGAUAAUCCUCAAACAUGGAAUAAACCAUGGCCUGGAAUACCACAUAACGGUUUAGUAAAUGACGAAGGUAUAGGUCAAUCUGAAUUUAUGUGGUUUGUACGUGGAAAUCCAAAUAUUAAAAAAGUAUUUUCUCAUAUUUGGAAUUCGAAUGAAUUAUUUGUUUCAUUCGAUGGAGCUGGUUGUUUUCGUGACUGGCGCUUAAAUAAAAACUGGAAAACAGCAGGUGGUUGGUAUCAUAUGGAUCAGAAUCCAUUCACAAAACCUAAUCGAUGUUCGAUACAAGGCCUUGUUUCUUUAACUGAUGCUGAUGAAUCUACAGGUGGUCUUGUUGUUGUACCUGAUUCACACAAACAUUUUCUUGAAUUAAAAUCAACAACUGACGAAAAACGUCUAUACCCUGAUUAUUUAAGAGUUCCUUAUAAAUAUCCAUUACUUGAAAAACUUCGUCCUCGAUUAAUUAAAUGUAAAGCAGGUGAUCUUGUUGUUUGGGAUUCACGUUGUAUGCAUUGUAAUACACCAGCAUUGAUUCCUAAAGAAAAAUCCAAUCAAUCAGAAUUGUUACGUGUUGUUUGUUAUAUUUGUAUGAGUCCAUUAUCGAUGUUUAAACCUGAUAUGAUUGAAUAUGAAAACAUAGAAGAAUUUCGUAGCCUAAGAGAAAACUGUGUUCGACAAAGAACAUCAUGUACACAUUGGCCAUUACAAAUCAUACCUGCUAGUGAAGAUUAUUCUGGUGAAAUAAAACCAUUGAAACUCAAUAGAUUUCAACAAUCACUUAUUAUUGGUACAAAUGUAGAACCUGAAGAUGGAAUAGCAGAAAUAUAUUUUUAA